AUGCAUGAGUUUUUUACAUGCUCUCAUGGAAUCCUUACAUGCCACAAUUUCAACAAUUCGCUUUUGAUCAGUGGCGAUCAUCGAUACAAAGAGGCCCAAUCUUCAAAUUUUGGUUUGUGUGUUGUCAAAGUUUCGUCGCAAUUUUGUUGGCAUUCAUCCCACUAUCAUCAAAAAGUCCAAGCCCAGUACAAGCAGCUUCAAAAUUUACGAGAUGCAAUCCCAUCAGACUGUGACGAGGAUAUCGUUGAUUUCAAUAAAGAAAUAUUUGCCCAUCUCAAUUUGCACGAUGACGAGGAUGAAAGCCCCCUGUUUGCUGGAUUCACUCACUCGUUUAAGCAAAAGUUGGAUUCUCUGCGGCGUUCGCUCUCUUUUUUCCAAUCUCCCUCGUUCCAUGCCCUAUUUCAGAGACGUCGCUGGAGCAACUGGGCGCAAUCUACCAUUCAUUCGUACACCUCCCAUUUUCGCUGGAAAAAGCCUUCUCGAACGGUUCCCACCAUCGACAAGAGUAAAAUCGAGUCCCGAUCUUAUGCUCUUUCUGCUGCCUUUAUUUUGCCGCUGAUCACGUUUUCGCAUACGCCCACCAUCGAGCAAGAGGUGCGGAAUUUCUGGCGAAAUUGGCCGUGGAUUUUUUCCGCAAAAAAGACCAAAUGGAUCCCACCAAUCCCCCUUCUUUCUGCCCUAUUUGAAAUAACAGUUCCAGCAUCAGACGAUCUGGAAGUGUCUCCCACCACGGCAACCACUUUUGAGGUCAAAAUUUGCUAUGGAGAUAAACAGAAGCUCACUUGGAACAUCCAAAGGAGGUUUAUUGAUUUCCUUAAAUUACAUGCACUUCUUACGCUGCGGCAGUUCCAGGGACAUGUUGGGGUUCUUCCGCCGUUUCCAUUUCAUGUUGCUUAUGCGUUCAAAGAGCAUCAUGUCAGCUGGUCUUCCAAAUCGGGCAAUAUGCCAUCAACUCCCAGUUCCUUUGCCAUUGCAAGAAGGGCUGCUUUGGAAUCAUACCUUCAGGCUCUUGCUAAGGUCCUUCAUUUGAAACCAUCUUCAAUUGUGGAGUUUGCCGAGUUUUUGGAAAUCUCUUCCUUUACAUUGCUAGGCCUUAAGGCCACAAAUGUCAAAACAAAGGAUAAGGAAGGCUAUUUAAAGGUAAACACACGGGACACCAUCGAUGCUUCCAUUGGCGCUUCAUCCUCGAUGGGGGGAGUCUUUUCUUGGGUACCUCGAUUUUUUUCCAAAUUUUCAUCUUGGCCUUUGUUUGCAGGGGAAAGACGCUGGGUUCAUAUUAGCUGUUCCGACAGGGUGCUGGUGAUUUUGGAGGACAUCACAUCUCGCACUCCGUUACGGGUUUUGUUUAUCGAUAACCAGGAAGCUUCGUCCUUUUCCUUUGAAAGGGUCCAAAUCGGAACGCUUUCCAUCAAGCCGUCUUCUUUCAGUUCUGCGUCUCUUGUUUCGUUUACGGCUUGGAAUACGAGGCACCAAUUUUCGGCCAUCGUGGCUGGAGCCCCCUUUUCGCAGUGGAUCCCCUCCUUUGCAAGACUUGCUUUGCCUUCAAAGCAGGAUGCCUUGUUUUCGAAACAGCAUGUCAAUUGGUUCAUCGAUGCUGCAUCUUAUUUUUCCUCGCUGGCAGAUGUUCUUGAAUCGGCCCAGAAGGAAAUAUUUAUCAUGGGGUGGUGGCUUUCGCCCGAGCUUUAUCUUAAAAGACCGGCUGAGAAGUAUCCCGAAUCUAGACUCGAUUUGCUGCUCAAGAGAAAGGCAGAUUCGGGCGUUUUGAUUUACAUUCUGAUUUUUAAAGAGUGGUCUUUUGCUUUGUAUUUGAAUUCCCGCCACACAAAAGAGGCGCUUGAAACCCUGUCGCCAAGAAUAAUGGUCCAAAGACAUCCGGAUCAUCUACCGCCUUCCUAUUGGGCCCACCACGAAAAACUGGUCAUCGUGGAUGGCAAAGUUGCCUUUUUGGGGGGAAUUGAUCUUUGUUUUGGAAGAUAUGACGACCAAAACCAUCUUUUAAGUGAAAGUAAGUUUUUGUCUUCUCGUUUUGAGGGCUCUUCCUCGGCUUCGCUUCUUUUGGAUGAGAAAAAGCCGAUUGCGAGCAUUGAGCAGACAUCAUGGUCAUUCUCUUCACUGUUUAUAGCCACAGGUAAAGAAAAUCCAGUCCUCAAAGCUUCAAUGCCAAAUGGGCUCGCAUCGCCUGGCUGUCUCCUAGACAGAAGCGAGUCCACUAACUGGGUCGGACAGGAUUAUUACAAUCCAAGGUUCUGCGACUUUAGAAACGUCCAUCGACACAUGGCCACUCUUGUUGAUAGGUCUCGUGUUCCCAGAAUGCCUUGGCAUGAUGUGCAUCUUCAGUUGGAAGGCUCUACCGUUCCCCUCUUGCUGCAUCGCUUUUUUUGUGAGCGGUGGAACUUUGUCAAGUGGACAAAGUCCAUGCAUCGGUCCGACGAGCUUCCUUGGCUGCUUCCCUUAGCAAAAGGCCCAGCUGACCCUGCACUUGGCACAUGCAAAGUUUCGCUAUUGCUUUCGCGCGGCGCGUGGAGCGCAGGAACUUUGAUGCCAGAUCACUCCAUUCUUGAUGCCUAUUUAAAUUUGAUUGAAGAAUCCCAGAGCUAUAUUUACAUUGAAAACCAAUUCUUUAUCUCCAGUUGCGUUGAAAAUCCAUACGCCGAACCAUGGGAGCAAGGCAUGGCAGAGCCACAGCCUAUCAACCGAAUAGCUGCUGCCAUCGCCAGAAGGAUCGAAAAGGCUCAUUUUGGUGGAGACUCUUCAUUUAGGGUCAUCAUUGUGACGCCACUUUUGCCGGCCUUUGAAUUUGAUCUUUACAUGAACUCUGCAGCUUCGUUUAGAAUCAUUUUGAAUGCCCAGCUGAAAACGAUGAGGGCCCUGCGGGAACGGCUUGCAUCUUUAAAUAUCCCAAUCGAUAAACACUUGAGCAUUUUUGCGCUGAGGACAACCGGGUUUUUGGGAGAAGACAGGGUGUGUGAGCAGAUCUAUGUUCACUCCAAGGUGUUCAUUGUCGAUGACAGGAAGGCUAUCGUUGGCUCUCCAAACAUCAAUGACCGUUCGAUGUUGGGGUUCCGAGACUCUGAAAUUGCCCUCCUUAUUGAGGACGAGCACCGAGUAAAGGAGCUUUUUGUGGGCCUGCUUUCCGAGCAUUUGGGUGAGCAUUUUAGUUCCAUCACACUCAACGACGAUUUCUUUUAUCAUCAAAUCCUGCGAGCAACGGCAGAAAAAAAUACCCUAUUCUAUCGCAGCCAUUUUUCCGCCCUUCCAGACGACACGGUUACCACCUGGUCCGAAUACAAAGCCUUUGUAGAACGACAACAAGCCCUUCUCAAAUCACCUACGGAUGAAGGCAACAUAGUAAAGGGGGCCCUCGUCUUUUUCCCCGUUAAUUUUUUGGCAUCGGAGGAUCUUUCUGCAAUUAGCUGGCGCUCGCCAGAAUAUCUUUUGCCUUUUGAGGUUUUCUCUUGA